AUGUUUUUUCGUAAAGUUAAUAAUAACCCUAAAGUUCAUAAUAAGCGGAAAGAAAAUAGUCCAGACAUAAUUACUCCUCAUGCAAAUCGUUUGGUUUCCUACAUGAAUACGCACCCUGCUACUAUCCUUGGAUACGCAAAGUAUUAUGGAGAAGUAAGCAAUGCAGUUAGUGCUCGAAUGACGGAUAUUGACUCGACUGGGUUUGUCAUAGCGGUAAAAGAAGAGGAUGGAUUAGAAUCAGAAAUUCACAUUAGAUUUAAAUCUCCAUUGAGGUCGUAUAAUGAAGUUAGACCUACCUUGACUCGGAUGGCACAAGAAGCUGAGGAAGCUUUGAACUUGCCUAGUACAGCACCACCACCUUCAAUGAUGUCUGAUUCUUCAUCACCAACUUCACAUACCCCAUUUAUUAUGCCAGGAAGAAUUGAUUUAUCAAUUACAAUAUUUGUUAUUAUAACACUAUUAACCAUUGCCUUCUAUCCUUAUUCGACACCAACAAUUAUCAAAGAAAUUAGAGAUUUUUUUGGAACAAAUUUAAUAAAUAUAAAUUUAAUUAUUUUGGUUAUUUUUCAUACUGUUGAAGCACUGAUAGCAUUUAUUGUUUUGACAAUGAGAAGCGAAAAGGACACUAUGACUUUGGUGAAAUGGGUCGCUGCUACCCUUAUUUAUGGUCAUGUUUGGUUAUUAUUCAAAGAUCAAAGAAAAGAGGAUUAA